AUGUCGGAGAAAGCGGACGCAGCCAAGAAGGAGGUUGGGAAGGCCACGGACGAGAAGAAGGCCGAGGAGCUGAAGAAGCCCGCGGCCGCGGCCAAGCCCAAGAAGAAGAUCGAGUCGGAGUCGGACUCAGACGACAGCGGGUCCGACGACACCGGCUCCGAGGGCAGCUCGGACAGCGGGUCGGACUCGGACGAGAUCGUCGUGCGCCGCAAGCCCUCGGCGGGCGGCGCGGGCCCCAGCAAGAGGGGCGCGGGCGGCGACAAGGGCGCGGAGAAGAAGGAGAAGAAGCGCAAGAAGCGGGACGACUCCGGGGACGACUCCGGGUCGUACUCGGAGGGCGACGCCGAGAUGGUGAAGGGGCUGUCGGGGGACGAGCUGGACACGCGGGACAUCAUCCCGGGGGGGCGCGCGGCGCGGAGGACGCGCGCGAAGUUCGGGCCGAGCGCGGGGAAGGCCGCGCUCGCGCGGAAGUACAAGGAGGACGCGGCGAAGGCCUCGGACGAGGACAGCUGGUGA